AUGUGCAUUGACACGUUAUGGCCACUCCAGUCAUUACAAGCGCUUUCUUCUGCUGUUGCGACUUCCAUGCAGAUUCAGCUAGUGGUGUGCUUGAUUAUCACCUCGCCACGCACUGACGGUGGUGCUUCGGGAGCCAUCUGCGCCACCAACACCCAUCCCACAGCCUGUGUGGCGACAGGCUUAUCCUUCUUCCACCUCCGUGACGGUACUGUCAUCAUGGCUGUUGGUGCGCGACAGGAGUGUCAAGAAAACGACGCAGUCGAGGGAAAGGCCCCUUCCCUCCUCGCACACCUCUCUUCCACCAUCCCGUGUGUAGCCUCUCCCCUCCCACCUUCAUCCCCAAGCUCUCCGUUCGGCGUAAAAUCUCCCCUGCCUUCUCGACCGAACAGGCAGUGCUCUUCGUGUCUUUUGCAUUCCACCCCGACUACCGUAUCUCCAGCAUAA